CACAAGCCUGCCUGCUGCCUGCGGAGAAUUGCGAGGCGAACGGACAUUGAAAGAGAACCUCUUUGAUUUUUAUUUUUAUUUAUUUAUUUAUUUUUAUUUCAGGCACCGGCGCUAUUUUAGGGGCUGUGGUGAAGAAGGAAAACCAAAAAACUCAAGCCUCACCUUGUCCCCGGCACUCCCCCGCACUGAGUAGGCUCGUUCGCAGCCGGUGGCGCGGACGCCCCGGCGCCCGUAGGUGGCGCCCCUCGUCCGUGCUUGCGCAUCCUGGCCUCUCGCCGCAGCUCGGAACCCGCGAGUCUCCCCGGUCUUUAGAGCCCAGAGACUGCGUUUUAAUAAUCUCGCGCGGUGCCCGCGCGCUCCGCCAGCCCCGGGGUUCAGAACCGCAGACACAUAAACCCAGGCGGGACGAGCCUCUUUAAUUUCUACCAAACGCUGACGCUUCGCUAACGAGAGAUUUUGGAAUCACAGUAAUCAUUAAAUUACCAAGGUUUUUCCUUCCUUUAAAACACACACACACACACACUUUUUCUUUUUUUUUUUAAGUGUCCCCUCUACCUUUUUAAUUAUGAAAGUGGCCACUCCGUUCAAGAUUAAGACUUGGAGGGAAUUUGGAAAGGAAAAAGACUCUGGGAGAAGAAACGGGGCCGGUGCUUCCGAGGGCGCCUAGUGUUAAGAAGGCUCCGAGGAGGACUGCGCUGGGCGUCCAGAAGAACUUCGCGGAGGUCGGUGCUCGCCCGUCAUGGACGUUCCAGGUCCGCUGGUGCCUUCCUUCUGAGAAUCCUUUGGCUUUGACAAUCUGAGGUGGGAACCCAGCCCAGAGAAGGUACUACUUCAGUCCUGCGUGUUCCUGGGCGCACCCAGGCACCCCUCCGGCUCCUGCCGGCCUUGGCGUCUGCGGGGCGCCCCGGAGCCCAGAUGCCCGCGCCUGGCCGGGGCCCCCAAGGGCCGCCGCCGAGCAUGCCCGGGCGCCGGGGGGCGCUGCGCGAGCCGGCCGACUUUGGCUCCAGCCUGGGGGCGGCGCUGGCCCUGUUGCUGCUGCUGCUGCCCGCCUGCUGCCCGGUAAAGGCUCAGAACGACACGGAGCCCAUCGUGCUGGAAGGCAAGUGCCUGGUGGUGUGCGAUUCCAGCCCGUCCGGUGACGGCGCCGUCACCUCUUCCCUGGGCAUUUCCGUGCGCUCAGGCAGUGCCAAGGUGGCCUUCUCCGCUACUCGGAGCACCAACCACGAGCCCUCAGAGAUGAGCAACCGCACCAUGACCAUCUACUUCGACCAGGUUUUAGUAAACAUUGGCAACCACUUUGACCUUGCCUCCAGUAUAUUUGUAGCACCAAGGAAGGGAAUUUACAGCUUCAGCUUCCACGUGGUCAAAGUGUACAACAGACAAACAAUCCAGGUCAGUUUAAUGCAGAACGGCUACCCGGUGAUCUCCGCAUUUGCAGGAGACCAGGAUGUUACCAGGGAAGCGGCCAGCAAUGGUGUUCUGCUGCUCAUGGAAAGAGAAGACAAAGUCCACCUCAAACUGGAGCGAGGCAACCUCAUGGGCGGCUGGAAAUACUCCACAUUCUCGGGCUUCUUGGUGUUUCCUCUAUAGACUUGGAGUCACCGGGGCGGCAGGAAGGUUGUGAUCAGGACCCAGGGAUCUGCCUUCUGGAACACCUUGAACUUGUCUGGGAAGGAUGGCUUGGGCCCAGCUCCAUCAGAAGAAUGAUUUUCUUCUAAAGAUCCAGUAUUCUCUUUGACCCUUGACAAUUCCUCGGGAACCUGGCCUCUAAUUAGUUUUAGACGACAUGGUCUUAAGGAGAAAUGAAAUUAUCGAUUUGAGCAAUUUGUACCUGUGAUUGUAAAGUCAAUAUUGGAUUUUGUUGUUGGAACCAUUGACUUACCUUCUUCUGUUUGUACGUUGUAUCCUUGUCCUGAUGACGUAGACGCUACUGACCCUCAGAUGGAUUGCACGCUGCAGUCGGGGCUUAAAGCAAGGGCCCAGCAAAGAACCACCCACCAGACAGUCUUUGGCCUGUGUUCUGUGUGUGUGUGUGUAGCCUUAAAAAAAAAAAAAAAAGAAUGGCUUCAUUUUCAUUCUGUAGCUUUUCCCUGGGGUUCUGGGGGGACUGGGAGGGAUCCGGGCAUUGGGAACCUGUCAAAAAGUGCUUUAUCCUGAGAAGCAAAUUUUGCACGAUUGGACUGAAGCUUCUGUUCUGUACUGUCAGUGGUUUUCUUUUCUCCUCUGGAAGCUUCCCUUUCCUUCCUCAGGUUUCCCUCCUCAAACCUAUGUAGUUUUCAUGCUGGGGUCGUGGAGAGAAAAAAACUUGCAUUCAGUCCUUGUAUGAGAUAAGCAAAACAAAACAAAAUCUGCAUACUUUGUUUUGGAUGAGAGGAAACCAGGAAAAAAAGGUCUCUCAAAGUAAGGACAGCAAAUAGACCAUUUUGCAUAUUCUUCCCUGGACUCUCUCACACUUGCAGCCUGGAUUUUAUUAUUUUAUUUUAUUCUAUUUUUAAUUUAUACUGUGGGAUCCUUUAGUAGCUUUGCAUUCCUCAUUGGUCAUGAAUCUCUUAACAAAGGUGGAGCUGAAGUGGCCGAAUCUCCUGUUUGCUUUUCCUCUGGAUAUGUCUCAGUGGUCAGUUAGACCUGCCUCUGAGUGGCCACACAUUAUCAGAUGCUUCAAAGACACAGGACCGCUGCCUCUUCCUGGAGAUCUCCCUUUGAUCUGUCAGGGAGAGGGAUGUAUUGACACUCUGUGGAUGAACACCUGGCCAGAAGCCACCUGGACUAGGAGUCACGGUAGUUACAGGCACUGGCUGCUGUACCCCGGGAGUGGUUUUUAAACCCUGCUUUGUUGGCAUCUCGUGCAACAACACUAUUAAGCUGCAACUGAGAGACCAGGUACAGUAUUUGUGUGCCAAGGAAAUGUCACUAAUCCCAAAGCAAUCAAAGAUGUGACCUCAAACUGGAUGUUAAUCUGUCCUUUGUGUAACAAUGUAACCAAAAUAUUGAUGAUAAAACUCAUAAUUUAAGAUUCAGAAUAAAUGGGUUUGAUGUCUGCCUU